CCUUAAAAAUGCAGAAAAAAAUUUUUUAUGGAAAACGGAAAGUUUGCAAGUAAAACUUUUUCGGAGAAACGAGAUAUCAACGAUUUAAAUCAACUGCGCUUAGCAUACAAGUGUCUGACAAACGAGGACCGUGCUAAAUGCAUGGCAAACUGCCCCAUAGAGGAGUACUUGUUCCAAUCGCGCCCACGUCCGCGAACUACAUGGUACGAUGCCUUGGCAAUACAAUUCAAGAAAUAUGCACAAUUUUUUUAAAAGCGAGACCAGUGUUUUCAAUCGUCCAAAGUAAACAACAUCAGCCCCAACUGAAGAAAUUGAUGCCGGGAGUCUACCCUCGGCAAAAACCUCCAUUUAAUUUACAUCUCUUCGAUGGCUUCAGCUUCUGAGCUGCCUCAGAACGGAAACCCGAGGUCACCGGCUGAGGCUCACCACUCAAGCCGCAUAUAUAUAUAUAUUGCUUCUUCCAGUUCCUUUGCAUAAUCUUGUCCAGAUUAUCAUUAAGGUGCUAGCACGAUGAUUUGGCCAAAAAGGACUGCCUCAAAACCAGCUUCAGUAAACACAUUCAGAUUCUAACAUUGCAGGAAAGUGUGCAAGCACGUCAACGGAAAUGAUUAAUUAUAAUUGACUAAGCUUCAUCGAAUUUUCACGGUUUCCAACUUACCGUUAUCAUUUUAGGUCCUGCACGGCAUCAUCGCAUGGAUCCAUGCGAACUGAUCAAACAACUACUCCAACGACCUGUCUUGCGAGACCAUGCCAUUCAUUGCAUCGGAAUUUGCAGUCUAAUAAUUGGAGAACAUCCACCGGUGUAAUGUAUUUGCAGCUGCCGCAUUCACAACCGCAUACGUAAUCGGUGUAUCACUGGUCAACGACUUGCCACAAGUAACCGGUUUUGAUUACCCGGAAGCGUAAUUUUCCUGCUGCUUAUCGCAUGUGUCCAAAUCACAAUAUUGUUUCUGCUUGCUGGCUUCAAGACUACAGAAAAUCAUACAAUUACGCGGACUGCUACGAGUACAUGCAAUGAUACAUUAAGGGACUAUUAUUUGCCAUUGCACAAUCGCUCCUUCUCCUCGCGUGUUGACAGCGCGACAGGAUCAGCGGAAGUGUUGUGAUGCCAUAAUUUUUAGAGCUUUGAUCUUGAACGUCUGCCUGGCAUAAAUGCAAACGGUUUGUUUAGAACGAAAAUUUGUUUUGAGCAAAGUGGCUCACUCAAAUCCGCCUACAUUGUACAUGUGGUUUCACAAGCUUGGUCUAUAAUGCGGAGUAGCUAUUGAUUUUCAAGGAUUACUUAGUAUCAUGUACACUUGUGUUAAUUGCUGAAUAAAAAACAUGGAUGUCUGGUUCCGCAUGGACAUGCAUGACAGUGAGCAGCAUUGUGAAAUGAAAGUGUUAAUAUUGUGCUGCACGCAGCAUUAUGCAGACGAGGCGAUGCGUUAAAGCGUGAGAUGUAAGAAGUCUGGAAGAUCUGUAUCAAUUAUCGCACAUGGCGUAUGAUCAAACACCCUUUCGCAAUGGUAUCAUAAUCGCAAAUUUUUGCGAGCAAAAAGAGCAUGUUGUUGACUAUCCGUUUGUUAUUAUCCGCGGGUAUGUAACGCAUCCGGCAGGGAGCUUUGCGAAGACGACUGCAAUCAGCAACGACAGAAAUGCCUUCAACGCCGUGUGGUCAGUCUGCCGUCGUCACUUCCGGGGGGUCGUACCGUUAGCUCUCGGAAGCAAUGCGGUAAAGUUCACCGUAACCCUCUCAGGAAGCGACGACCAGCGUAUGGCAACUUUGCUCAAAAUUUCUUACCGCACCGCUCAAAAUGAUUGCUUUGUGAUGCCGUUAUAUGUGAUAUGCCGAGAUGCCAACGGGACCUUCCAAGCUGAAGCGGACGAGGACGAUUCGCCGCACAGUGCCGUACGGAGAAUCGCCACCGGGGCCGGGCUACUGCAGAGUUUUACGGCGGAAAAAUUGGUUGACGAAGGAUAUCCCCGGAAGACAUUCCGACUCUCCAGUGACAUCGAAACCGGAUUACCAAAGUGCACAAUUUUUAGGACAAGGCUUAAAAUUCAAGAAUUGUACGCAAUGAAAGAUGUGGAUAUAUGGAGACACUUGAAGAAGGAACUGGCUGGGCGCUUUCCGAGUUUGAAAGGCAGAUGCAAGUUCCUAGCGUUUUUGGCGGACACACGCUAUCAGCGGAUAAAAGACGAUCAGCCAGUACCGCAGCUCUAUGAGGAUGUUUUGCAUAAUGUCAAAGGACAAGUUGCUCUGGGAGGAUCAAGUCUUGCGCUUCUUGGUACAGGAUGCUUGUAUACCUGGCCGGAAAAUGUGGCAGAUCUGCAACGGUAUUUAACGGAUGAACGACCCAUUAAUCAAUACCAUUUUAUGGACGACAGUGCAUACAGAGGAACUCGUUGGGCUUGUUACAGUACUACACUAGGGGCUGCCUGCCACGAACUAGGACACGCCUUUGAUCUGGGCCAUACGCCAGUGGGAAUUAUGGCGCGAGGUUUUGACAAUAUCUACAAAGAGUUCACCGUCGAAAGACCAACAGUUUUCCAAAACAGACUCUCCUCCGAGCCUACGGGUGAUUCUCGGUUGCUGCAUCUUCCCGUAACCGUUGUUCCCGCUCCUCGGGAAAUGUUUGUUACGGUCAAGGUGAUAAAUAAAUCACCUGAAAAAAGCGAAAGAAAAAUGGAAGUAGUUUCUACGAAUCCUUCGUUUAGUGCAGAAAACGCAACCCAAGGUGGUCCGCUGAAAAAAUCCUCUUCGGAGAAAAAUUUAUUCGCAAGAGUGUCAGGGAGUUUUCGCUCCAAACUGUUCUCAUCCAAACACCAGGACGACAAACCCGAAGAAAUGCCAUCGCACCGGAAAUACUCCCUGGAAUCACCGAUGCCGGAUGAUGCCUUCAGCACUAGUUCGUGUGCAAUCAGUCUAUGCGAGCCCGAACGCAGUAUAUCCAAUGCGUCCACACGGCCCUCAUCCACAUUAUCCGCUGCCAAGAAAGCCCGCAACUGGCACAAGCGCUUGUCAGGCUCGUUUGCCGGACUGAAAUCGCCCACCGAGAGCUACAGUGAGGCGGUGGACCGGACUGUCCAUCCAGAAGCGACACAUACGAUCAACUACAUUACACCACUGAAUUCUGUGGUAACGAAACACUACAGCAAACAUGUGUCGUAUCAGUCGUCCAUGGGCGAUGUGCAGGUGACUCAGGAAGAUAUCCAUAAAUCGGCCACGCUGCCGGCGCGAAUGGAGGAAACCGGCGCUCAUGAUCACCGCCGUAAGUCCCCCUGGAAGCGCCUGUUUAAUCGUAAGAAAAAGGAUCCAUUAAAGGAAGAAGAACUGGACGCCAAGGAGACAAAAGACAUAUCGAAUAAAUCACCGGAUAAAGUGGAUUACAUUGUGGAAAGCCGUACCGGAGCGGAAACGGUCAUUUUCACCAGCGGUCCGACGCUGGAGCCGACGGACCCGUCACACUCCGACGGACUGAAUUCCGUGGACGGGUUGACCUUUGAAUCAGAAGACGAAUCAUGUCGACCGAAGAGCCCGGAUUCUUUUGAGGAAUUCUCCUUUAAGUUCAGCAAGGAAGACUGCCAGCCGGUGCAGGCAACACUACCGCAACAUGUUGUCUAUAAAAUCCAUCAGCUGGAGCCGGCGCAUCAUGCUGUGGCGAAUGAUGCAGAGCUCCCAGACCAUACGGACACAUCGAGUACACCGGAAAAGAAGGAAAACAAGAGCGCUAAACCACAGCCAACCGUCCGCACAAGAUCCACGGUCUCCAAAGACGAGCAGAUGGAACUGGCGAAAACAGACGCUGUCGAGGCAAACAUCGAUGGCCAUCAUGACGACACGGAGACAUUGAUCCGCGACAAAACAAUGAGUGGAAAAGCUGCCAAAAGCCUAGAGGAAAAACGCGCAGUUCGUCGGAGUGCAUCAGCGGAUAUGCUUGAUACGAAAGCAGCAACUAUGAAAAGGGUAGCACAAGAAGAGCCGGAAAAGCAGAAGCCAGCUCGGAAAUCACUUCCGGCAGAAAGAAAGCCUCUACUCCGCCAUUCUAAUGCAGAAAAGAGGAGCACCAUCAACACCAGCCAGAAGCCAACACUGUCAACAAAAGCAAAGGAAAAUCAAGCAGCUGAGGCUUCUGUUGAAAAUGGCAAAAAGCAAUCUAAACUGAAAUAUCCACUACGAACCGCUCCUGGGUGUCACCCGGCUUCGAAUUUGGCAAAUCCACGGCCAAAAAUUCAGAACAGAAUUCCUACCCAGUCAACACAAUCAUCAAGAAAUAAAGAAAACAUCCCUGCUCGCAAAAAACCGGCUUCGGAAAAUCCAUCAGAAGCGAAGAAAGCCAUUACGAAACGUCGUUCCUUCCGGCGCCGCAACAGCGGUCGGGGACAAAAAUCGUCCGCUAAAUCCAAGACCACAUAUUCACCGACACGCGACACAAUACGGACACCAUCCAGCCGGUUGGAUUUCACGCAGGUCCACGUAGCGCAAACAAACAGCGUUAUGCGCCGGCGUUCCUCCAGUCGGGAUACGAUUGGUAAUCUCGGCAACUUCAUCAAUCACAGCGCCGCAGGCACUAUGGAUUCAGAGAGCAAGGAUCUCGAUGAAUGGGAAAGUCUGGAAGGCACGUCCAGCCCGGUGUCGAUGCCGUCCAACUGCAGCACCAGUGGAGAUACGGAGCACAGUGGAUGCAGUAGUGGUGGUCAGAGAGGCGGCGUCAAGGGCAAACAGAAUGCUAGUAGUCUGAUCAACACCCCGUCAGGUAUCAGCGUCAUGGAGGACUUGGAUGUGCCACACCGACUGCCAAUUCCCAGACCGAUCCCCGUCAAGGACAGCUGCGUGGUCGCCAUGGGCGACGAUGCCGCCAGUCCCUCGUGGACUCGCAGUUGUGCGACCCUGUUAAACUACCACAAGUGGUUCAACGUCAACCAAAAUUCAAUUUCGGCAAGUUGUUUGGAUGACGAUGUCCUAAACAAACGUCAUACUGCCGUACCUGAAUUGUCAGGGGAUACACUAAUCGCGCCCGGCGGACUGCGUUUAGUAGAACUGCGUGAUAUGGCUGGCAACGUACUGCACUAUUGGGAAUUCAUCGGUGAUAAGGAUGUACCAACCACAUUUCGUAUCGGGCUGCCAUUAAAUGCGACGCAGGCUUCAGUUAGCGACUAUAAUAUGGAUGUGCAACAGUCUAAAGGAAAAAUGACCGUUGUCGCAUUGGAUACUUACGGAAAUCUUCUGCAACGCUCGUUGACGAGUUGAAAGUUUAAUAUUUUCCAAUCAUUAAUGUGACUUCAUAAGGAACCGGGAGUGGUUCUUUUUCAAUAUUUUUAGUUUUAUAUUGCUGCAAUUCUAAUAUUAGCAACAUCACAGCUGAUAUCGGAUAUCGUUUGCGCUUAAGGCGUCUCAUGGCUGUGUUUGCUGAACGAACGUUUUCUGAUUUAUUUUCUUGAAAUUGUUUUCUACAGCCUGCGCGUUUACGUGCUCAUAAUGGUGCUUCGUAAUUUGUGACUUGAACAUAUGCGAUUUAAAAACUUUGCUGUUUAUUGCAUUCCAGUGAAAGUAUGAUUGA